UCCGACACAGUAUCCAAACGCCUCCCAAGUAUUCUCCAUCACCUCAUUAUGACCUGAAUGAAACAACUCUGGUAGCAGCGACCAAUCCCCACAAAUGGAAAUUAGCACCAGCAAACCCCUCGGCUUUCUCUCAUCAAAUUCACAAACUUCAUCAACUUUCCAAGAUUUCAAUACCCUCUUCAACAAUCUUAACACCACCCUCUUAUCCACCAGCACCUCAUCCCUCCGUCGCCUCACAAAUACCCCAUGUAAAGCAGAGAAAAUAAAAAAUGGUCAAAAUUUCAGCCCAAAAAGGAUUCUUCAAUUUUCAUCGACUUCAAUCUCCAUUCAACCUGAAAUCAAAAACCCAGAAAACCCCACUUCUCGAAUUUGGCUAAAACCAGCCUCAAGAGGCUCUCCCCAAGUCUAUGCCCUGUUCAAGAAUCUCUCUGUUUUGGAAAAAGCCCUCAUGGGUGCUGCUGGUGGAGGCAUUGCUGGUGCAUUCACUUAUGUCUGCCUCCAUCCUCUUGACACAAUCAAGACUAAGCUCCAGACAAAGGGGGCAUCAGAAAUUUAUAGUGGUACAGUUGAUGCCAUUGUUAAGACCUUCAAAACCAGGGGAAUUUUGGGGUUCUAUAGUGGAGUUUCUGCGGUGAUUGUUGGUUCUACGGCUUCUUCUGCUGUGUAUUUUGGGACAUGUGAGUUUGGAAAGUCAGUUUUGUCGGAAAUCCCUCAAUAUCCAGCUGUUUUGAUACCCCCUACUGCUGGGGCUAUGGGGAAUAUUGUUUCAUCAGCUAUAAUGGUACCUAAGGAAUUAAUUACUCAGAGGAUGCAAGCUGGUGCAAAGGGGAGGUCUUGGGAGGUUUUAUUGAAAAUUUUGAAAAAAGAUGGAAUUUUGGGAUUGUAUGCUGGAUAUAGUGCUACAUUGCUGAGAAAUUUGCCUGCUGGGGUGUUGAGUUAUUCAUCGUUUGAGUAUCUUAAAGCUGCGGUAUUGAAUAGUACUCAUCAGGUUCAUUUGGAGCCAUUUCAGAGUGUCUGUUGUGGUGCAUUGGCUGGAGCCAUAUCAGCUUCACUGACAACUCCUUUGGAUGUGGUUAAGACAAGAUUGAUGACUCAGGUUCAUGGGGAGGCUGUGAAUAAGGUUGCAGCUGUAAUGUAUAGUGGUGUCUCAGCUACUGUUAAACAGAUUUUGAAGGAAGAAGGCUGGAUAGGGUUUACACGAGGAAUGGGGCCUAGAGUUGUUCAUAGUGCCUGUUUUUCUGCAAUUGGUUACUUUGCCUUUGAGACAGCUAGGCUCACAAUUUUGCAUCAGUAUUUGAAGCAGAAGGAGCUUCAGAACAUGGCUCUUGAUUCUUCAUCCACGGUCAAUCAGAGUGAAUAAAGUGGCAACGAGGUGCUUUGCAAGUGCAUCUGGGUUCAUGAACCUUAUCAUGCUAAGGUUGUUAUAAGCAAAUCAAAGGGCUGAGCAUGAAUAUGAUUGAUAGUGGGAACUGAGAACAUGAAUGAGCUGACCAUGAAAGCCUUUUAAAACAGAUAAGUGAACAAUCAAUAGAAUUGAGCAAGGUUGUUGUGCCAAGCUGUCUUUUUAAGCCCAGUAGGUUUAUUUGUGAGAUUGUUCUGCCAUGUGAGACCACUGUAGAAGGGUGAAAUUCCACUGUUGAAAAAACAGAGGAAUAUUUGUAUUGCUUGGAGGAAACAAAGUGGAGAGUGAUGGAUAAUGGCUCCCUAUAAAAGUCUCAUGGUUUACAAGAAUGUGGGUUGCACGGAAAGUAUGGGGGUGACCAUACAGAACUAUUAAUUUGUCUAGCAUCUGAUUGGACCCAUGUGUGUUUUUGGUUCAAGGUUGCUCAAUCAAUUACAGUCCAUCUUAUAUUUGAACAUCUUCAAGAAGCACUUAAAUGGCUGUGUUCUUAUUAUAUCUUAUGUCUCAGCUUGGUCAUGGAGAGUAUCUUGGUGAAACAGUUUCCAAUAAUAAAUGCACUUUUCCACAUGCUCUAAACCUUUGCCUGUAAUCUUGUUUAAGAUCUUCUGAUGUUAAUGCUUUUCAUCAUUAUUUCUGCAUUUUAUGUUACAAUUGCGGUUUUGAUGGUACUUCAUGAUCUUCAUGCUUGGCAUUUUUUGGUCUGCACCUAUCAAAAUGGUCUUAUACCCCUGUAAUGA